AAUUAACACUCGUUAGUGUGUGACAUCACAAAAGAAGCAGAACCUGUUUUUAUAGUGAGUGGGAAGUCACUUACAUGUCAGUACAAACUCGGGUGUUCCACUUCAAAGCUCCUCACUUUUACACAAUCUCGUCAACUGGAAGGUUCUCUGCUCAAAGGGUCACUGACUAGUCAAAGAUGGAUUCCACAGUAUCCGGAUUUGCCCCUCGGGCUAGCCGCUAUUUCAUCAUAAUUUCAAUGUUCAUAAUACAAGCAGCAGCUCAAAUUCCACCAGGUGCACCAUCGAUUACCGGUCCACAAGUUAUUAUAAAAGAUGAUCAGGUUACUCUGACCUGUACAGUAAUUGGUGGUUCCCCUACACCAACGGUUAAAUGGUUAAGAGACGACACAGUGAUCGAUGAUUCGUCAACCACUUCCGGAAAUCAAGUAGUUAACACGUAUUCGUUUACAGCUUCUAGUCGGGAACAUUUGGAAGUGUUCGAAUGUCAGUCUGAAAAUGGUGUUUUACAGAAUCCUCUAUCCAGAACUAAAUUCGUCGAGGUGUACAGACCACCGAUCACGCCAGUUUUAGUAGGUCCAACCGAUAUACAACCAGGAACAUUGACAACAUGGACUUGUACUUCAGAGGGAGGCUACCCUUUGCAGACAAUGGCAAUGAGGAUUGGAAAUUCUGUAUUUAGUACCGAACUUACCACAAACUCGGCAUUAGUUAGCGAGUCCUAUACCGUAACUGGAACCCUUUCAUGGGCCCCAACAACCGCGAAUAAUGGGCAGACAUUGUUUUGUGAUGUGUACCACCCAGAAACAUUAGGACAAAACAACCCACAGACAGUUAGCAAGCUACUUACCGUAAAAUCUCCAUUGGCAGUCAAUGCACCAAGAACUCUGUACGAACCUACAACCGGUCAGACUAUUACCUUGACAUGUCAGGUGACAUCUGGAACGGCCACAUCAAUCACAUGGUACAAAGACAACCAACUAUUAAACCUUGCUGCUAAUUCAAGAUUAUCUGGCGCCAGUCCUGGAGCACCUUCAAUGACAAUCAGCAACGUACAAACAAGUGAUACUGGCAAUUACAUAUGUUCAGCAACCGAUGGAUCUGCAACGAGAAACACAAGUACCAUUACUGUAUCACCAAGAGCAACUCCAACACAGCCAACCCUGGUUGGUCCAACGUCAAUGACAGCCGGCUCUACUGGUACCUGGACGUGUACUUCUAUCGGAGGCUUUCCUCUCCAAACCAUGUCUAUGAGAAUUAACAAUGUGGUUGUCAACAGUAAUGAACUUUCCAUAAACUCCCAAUAUAAUUCAAACUUGAGGACCUACACAGUAGUGGGAACACUGAACAAGGCACUUAAUAUGGGAAACAAUGGACAGACGCUCUUCUGUGACGUAACACACCCACAAACACUGCAAUCUCCACAGACAGUCAGCUUACCAUUAACAGUUAGAUCUCCAUUGGCGGUAAAUGCACCAAGGACUUUAUAUGAUCCUACAACUGGACAGACCAUUGAACUAACAUGUAGAGUCACUUCCGGUACUGCUACUGGAAUUAGUUGGUACAAGAACAAUCAGCUAGUUGUACUAGCUUUUAAUAAUCGCUAUUCUGGUGGAAGUGCCCAGUCUCCUUCCCUGACCAUCAGUAACGUACAACUAAGUGAUGCCGGCAAUUACAUAUGUUCAGCAACAGACGGUAGUGUUACUAGAAAUACAAGUACCAUCACUGUAUCGCCCAAAGCAACCCCAACACAGCCAACACUGAAUGGUCCAUCAUCUCUGCUAUCAGGAUCAACUGGUACCUGGACAUGUACUUCUAUCGGAGGGUUUCCUCUCCAAACCAUGUCUAUGAGAAUAAAUAACCAGGUUUUCGCCAGUAACUUUCUUUCGAUAAACUCCCAGUAUGAUACCAACUCGAGAUCCUACAGAGUUGUAGGGACACUAAAUUGGGCACCAAAUAUGGGACAUAAUGGGCAGACGAUGUAUUGUGAUGUUACCCAUCCUCAAACUCUUACUAGUCCCCAGACUGUCAGCUUACCGUUGACAGUAAGAUCUCCAUUGGCAGUAAACGCACCCAAGACCUUAUACGAUCCUUCCACUGGACAGACCAUUGAACUUACAUGUGUGGUCACUUCCGGUUCUGCUACUGGGAUUACUUGGUACAAGAACAAUCAACCUGUUAUAAUAUCUUUUAAUAAUCGAUAUUCUGCUGGAAGUGUCCAGACGCCUUCUUUGACCAUCAGCAACGUACAACUUAGUGAUGCCGGCAAUUACGUAUGUUCAGCAACAGAUGGCAGUGUAACUGUCAACACAAACACUAUCACUGUAUCGCCCAAAGCAACCCCAACACAGCCAACACUGACCGGGUCAACAUCAUUGCUAUCAGGAACAACUGGUACUUGGACAUGUACAUCUAUUGGAGGGUUUCCUCUCCAAACCAUGUCUAUGAGAAUAAAUAACCAAGUUUUCACCAGUAACUAUCUUUCUGUUACCUCCCAGUAUGAUACUAACGCAAGGUCAUACAGAGUUGUAGGGACACUAAAUUGGGCACCAAACAUGGGACAUAAUGGGCAGACGAUGUAUUGUGAUGUCACCCAUCCACAAACUCUUAAUAGUCCCCAGACUGUCAGCUUACCAUUGACAGUUCGAUCUCCACUGGCUGUAAACGCACCAAAGACCUUAUACGAUCCUUCAACUGGACAGACAGCCGAACUAACAUGUGAGGUCACUUCCGGUACUGCUACUGGGAUUAGUUGGUACAAGAACAAUCAGCCUGUUGUAAUAUCGUUUAAUAAUCAAUAUUCUGGUGGAAGUGUUCAGACUCCUUCCUUGACCAUCAGCAACGUACAACUAAGUGAUGCCGGCAAUUACAUAUGUUCAGCAACAGACGGUAGUGUUACUAGAAAUGCAAGUACCAUUACUGUAUCGCCUAAAGCAACCCCAACACAGCCAACACUGACUGGGUCAACAUCACUGAUAUCAGGAACAACUGGUACCUGGACAUGUACUUCUAUCGGAGGAUUUCCUCUCCAAACCAUGUCUAUGAGAAUAAAUAACGUGAAUGUCGGCAGUAACGAGCUCUCAAUAAACUCCCAAUAUAAUUCCAAUACAAGAUCCUACACGGUAGUAGGGACACUGAACAAGGCACUUAACAUGGGACAUAAUGGGCAGACGAUAUACUGCGAUGUCUCCCAUCCACAAACUCUUAAUAGUCCCCAGACUGUCAGUUUACCAUUGACAGUUCGAUCUCCACUGGCAGUAAAUGCACCACAGAAUCUGUAUGAGCCAACAACUGGACAAACCGUCAUACUGCAAUGUCGUGUAACAGCCGGAACAGCUACAGGAAUCACAUGGUACAAAAACGGCCAGAUGGUUAUUAAGGCUUCCGACUUCCGGUUAUCUGGUGCCGUUCCUAGUUCUCCUUCAUUAACCAUCAGUAACGUACGCUUAUCUGACACUGGCAAUUAUAUCUGUUCAGCAACAGACGGUAGCGUUACUAGAAACACCAGCACCAUCACUGUUACUGCCAAAGCAACUCCAUCACAACCAACAUUGACCGGCCCAACAGCACUGACAUCCGGAACACCUGGUACCUGGACAUGUACUUCUAUUGGUGCCUUUCCUGCACAAUCUAUGUCUAUGAGAAUUGGUAACCAGGUUUUCAGUGCCGAACUUUCGGUUAAUACUCAAUUUGAUUCCAACGCGAGGUCAUAUACAGCAGUGGGUACACUUAACUGGUCACCAACUAUGAUAAAUAAUGGACAAACUAUCUUCUGUGAUGUUACUCACCCGGACACACUAAAUGGUCCACAGACAGUCAGCCUACCAUUGACCGUUAGAUCUCCAUUGGCGGUAAAUGCACCUACAACAUUCUAUAAUCCAAUGGAGGAUGAAUCUGUAACUUUAACUUGUAUCGUCACUUCUGGAACUGCUACAGGAAUUAAAUGGUACAAAAAUACAGCCCAGAUUAAUAUUGCUGCUAAUCCUAGAAUUUCUGGUUCUAUGGCCAACUCUCCUUCCAUUACAAUCACUGAUAUAGUACUUGCCGAUGGUGGUAGUUAUGUAUGUGAGGCCACAGAUGGGUUUGCUACAGUCAGCACAAAUACAAUUACUGUAACUGUCAGAGAAAAACCUUGGUUGGAAUACGAUAUCAUUACAUAUGUCCUUGAUGGCUACAACAAACUUGUCCGUCCAGUAGAUCCAGUCAACAACCUCACACACUCUCUAAUCCCACAGCAGAUCUUUGAAUUUGAUGGUAAGAAACUUGUACUUCAGUCUCAGCAGUGUAUGAAUUGGAAUGACCCCAGACUGACCUGGCCAAAGGGACAACCCAGAAUUAGUCUUCCAUCAUCUGAAAUCUGGAUACCAGACAUUGUUCUUCUUGGACACAAAUAUGAACCCGACUUCCAUACCAAAGUAAUUGUAAUGAAAAAUGGUGAUGUCACAUAUUGCCCCCAGGGACCACUCAUUUCAACUGACUGUCAAGAAAAGUCUGGAGAAGUAUACGAGUGCACCUUUAAGUUUUUAUCAUGGUCAUACGACAAGGUCAUGUUAGACAAGUAUUUCCCAGGAUUCGCCUCCAGACCUUCUAUUGAUAUGUCCAUCUACUAUGAACAUGAUGAUUAUGAGAUCGUUAGUAGAUGUGCCGUUCGACGUGAAAUGACAUACCCUUGCAGAGACGGAACAUACCCAGAAUUGACAUACUCAUUUGUACUCAGGCGUCGUAGAUCGUUCUGUAGAAACCUCAAUCAAAGUCCAACUUGUAAUUGAAAGCGCCUUGACAUAAACAUUGAUGACCAGCAAAUGUCAUUCAUAACCAUUCGUAAUGAAAUGCCACCAUAAUUUGAUGUGAAUGCUCAUUGAACUGUAAAAAUGAACUAACUUUUUGUUGUUAAACAUUGCAUCAUAUAUUUGAAAUUAAUUUAAUUAUAUUUUUAGCUUAUGGCUAUUCCCUAUACAUGUUAUUUUAAUUCAAUUUUUAACUUUAGUUUAUAUAUCUUCUAAAGUGAUAUGUUUUUGAAAUUGAGAACUUAGGUUAUAAAGUUGUCAAAUAAAAUCCUCAAGGAAA